AUGUCUGAACAGAACACCACCAUGUUACUUCCUGUUCAUUUCAUUCUUCUGGGGGUCCCCGGCCUCGAACAUCUCUACCUCUACCUCGCUCUCAUCUUCUCUGUGGUUUAUGUCACAUCUGUCAUUGGAAACCUCACCCUGCUCUUCAUUAUCAGGAUAGACCGGAGCCUCCAUGAGCCCAUGUACUAUUUCCUCUGUAUGUUAUCCUCCAUUGACCUGGCCUUGUCCAAUUCUACGACACCCAAGAUGUUGGGGAUCCUAUGGGUGAACUCCCGGGAGAUCAACUCCCAGGCAUGCCUCACCCAGAUGUUCUUUCUCCAUUCUGGGGCUAUUAUGGAAUCGGCCCUACUACUGGCUAUGGCAUUUGAUAGAUAUGUCGCCAUCUGUAACCCUCUGAGAUACACCUCAAUACUUACCAAAUGGCUGAUAACAUACAUCGGCAUGUUGACCAUCAGUAGAGCGGUGGCCCUGAUGAUACCAUUACCUUUCCUUAUAAAACGGCUGCCGUUCUGCUCGCCCAAUGUCAUCCACCACUCCUACUGUGAACACAUGGCCGUGGUGAAACUGGCGUGUGCCGAUACCACCGUCAACAACAUCUAUGGCAUAGUGGUGGCUCUUGUCAUUGUUGGGUUGGAUCUCAUCUUCAUAAUUUGCUCUUACAUCCUGAUUCUUGGGGCUGUAUUUCGUCUGGCCUCCAAAGAAGCCAAAAUCAAGGCUCUAGGUACAUGCGGCGCCCAUAUUUGUGCCAUUCUUGCCUUCUAUAUUCCUGUCGUCCUCUCAUCUGUUGUCCACAGAUUUGGAAAGAAUGUCCCAAUUCAUAUUCACAUCUUGUUGGCCAAUGUUUACCUGAUGCUGCCGCCUCUCAUCAACCCCAUUGUAUAUGGGGUAAAGACCAAGCAGAUAAGAAACAGAGUGAAGUCCAUCCUCAGUGUGCACUUUGCAUGUUCUACCAAUGCCCGCUCCGAUAUAACACGGACUCAUGGUCUACCGCAGUCCAGAUGGAACGGAAAACACAACUUGACAAAAUGA